CGGGCCCCUCCCUCGGAAAGAACUGCAGGUGGCGAUAGCAUCUGGGCCCCGAGCACGUCCCCAGGUAAGAGCACACCCAGCGCAAGGCCAGGCAGACAGGGCGCCCGGAGUCUGAGCCGGAGACUGGAGCCGCUCGGCUGGCCCUUGCGCUUCUGAGCCGGCCUCCCUCUGCCUCUGCUCCUCCUCGGCCUGGUGCGCCCGGAGACAGACUCAGCUUCCACCGCGUCGCUCCGGUGACAGAAACCCCGAGUAACCCUGCUGCACAGACAAGAGCGUGUGUGUGCCCGGCGCUCUGAGGAGAGGAGGCUGCGGCCGGUCCCCAGCCAGCAGGCCUGUUGUCCACGGAGAACGAGGGGCAGCCGGGCCGGCUGCCCGGGGCGCUGUCACCCACGGCCACUUGGGACGGCGGAAGGCACGCGGCUGUGGAAUGAGGACAGACGGCCUGCCUACGGAGGGAGCCGUUUCUCAUCGCCCCGAGGGGCCCGCGUCUUGGAUAGCAUUGGGGUGUGGCUCCCAGUGGGGGACCUGUGGCCACGUCAGCCUUUCCGAGCGCCUGGCUCCUACAGGCUGGAUGUAAAUUGCCGCUAACGCCUCUCUGACGGCCCGGACUGAGGAAAUAUGGUCAGGAGUCAUUUUCAAAGAAUUCUGAUUGCUCCAGGACAUUCACGUGAGGCUGAGUCUCAGGCUGCACACCAGGUCGACAGGACCGGCCGCCUAGCCGAGCUGCCCGCCCCCUGAGGGUGCGCUGCCUGGCCUGGCCUCCUGGGCCACUCCCCGGUCCCUUGGUGUCAAAGGGUGCACCGCUGUUGGGGCCGUGGAGGCUCUGCCAGCCAGGCGUGGGGCAUGAGUGCCCGUGAGAGGGGAGAGUGGGCAGGCCCAGGAGCUGAUGCCUGAGAAGCUGAGGGGGAGCUGGUGCUGGCUGAGUGGCCAGGGGAGGCGACCACCUGUGCGGACGGCGGCGAGGGCGAGGCUGCGGCGGCCCUGGUGCGGCAGCGGGCCGAGCGUCUGGCUCAGAGGCGGGGGCUGAAAGCCCGCAGCGCCCGGCGCCAUGUGGAGCUGCAGCCCGCUCAACGGCACGGGCGGGGGCGAGGACCAGCCCCUCUGCCAGCACGCCCAGCUGGCCCUGUCGGCCGUCUCCCUGCUCUACCUGGCCGUGGGCGUGCCCGUCGGCCUGGGCUGCAACAGCCUGCUGAUCCUGGUGAACCUGCACGAGCAGGGCAGCAUGGCCAUGCCCGAUGUCUACUUCGUGAACAUGGCCGUCGCGGGCCUGCUGCUCAGCGCCCUGGCGCCCGCGCUCCUGCUGGGCCCCGGCGCCUCCGGCUGGGCCCUGGGGGGCUCCGGCGGCGAGGCCCACGUCACGCUGCUGGUGCUGUUCGACGUCUGCGCGCUGGUGACCAUGUACUGCACGGCCCUGCUCAGCCUGGACUACUACAUCGAGCGGGCGCUGCCGCGCACCUACAUGUCCAGCGUCUACAACAGCCGGCACGUGUGUGGCUUCGUGUGGGGCGGCGCCCUGCUCACCAGCUUCUCCUCCCUGCUCUCCUACAUCUGCAGCCACGUGGCCGCCCGGCUGGCCGAGUGCGCCCAGAUGCAGCACACGGAGGCUGCCAGCGCCAUCAUGGUGCUCAUUGGCUACCUGGUGCCCGGCCUGGCCGUGCUCUACGCCCUGGUGCUGGUCUCGCGCAUCCGCAAGCAGGACACGCCCCUCGACCAGGAGUCAGGGAGGCUGGACCCCUCGGUGCACCGGCUCCUGGUGGCCACCGUGUGCACGCAGUUCGGGCUCUGGACACCGCACUACCUGACCCUCCUGGGGCACACGUCCCUGGCCUUGUGGGGGCGGCCUGUGGACGAGCAGCACCUGGGGGUGCUGCUCUUCGCGAAGGACCUGUCCAGGUGCCUCGCCCUCUCCAGCAGCGCCGUGACGCCGCUGCUGUACCGCUACAUCAGCAGGAGCUUCCCGGGCAAGCUGCGGCGGCUGAUAAAGAAGACCCCCUGUGGGCGCCGGAGCUGCUCCGAGGACCAGCCGGGGGUCCAGCAGGUGCUGGCGUAGACGGCUGGCGGCACGGGUGGGCCCACGGAGGCGGCGCCGGUGCGUGGCCUGCGGGCAGUGCCCGGUGCCCAGGCCAAGCCUGUCGCUCCCUCCUGCUACCGGGGUCUCGCAUCCUGGGGGACCAGGUGGCUGACGCCUUGGUCCCACGCACGGCACUUUGUCACCUGCACACUCUGCUGCUCUCCCCCCGGCGGGCACACUGAGGCAAGGACACACAACAGCACAAGGCGUGUGCUCUUGACCCUUCCUGUGUUCUUCCGGGGCUCCCUGGCCCCCGAGGCUGUGCGGCCCGUGCCCCGCCAGCCCCGCCCCGGCCCGCGCGCUCGGCCUCCCAGCAGGGCUUCCCGGUGAAGUGGCGGGAGUCAAGGCCCGUGUUUGCACUGUGCAGACCGGUCGAGUACUUGACCCCCACCCACGUAACGUCUGUCUGUACAAAGAGGGACGUCUGCAAGAAAGCGCACAGAGUAUUAAAGUGAAGGAAGCAGAGCAGAGCGUA